GCUGCGAAAACGCGGAGGGGCUCCUAGUACGCAUGCACCGUCAUCUUUCCCGCGGCACGUGACAAGAAACCGGGGGCGUCACGUGAAGCACGCGGAGAGGGCGGGGCGUGGUUCAGCAGCGCCCUGCGAAGGUCAAAGUGCAACUGCUCACCGGGUAAAACUCAACGGGGCACAACAGCCAUGCCCAAGUACUGCAGGGCUCCAAACUGCUCCAACACUGCGGGCCGACUGGGUGCGGACAACCGCCCUGUGAGCUUCUACAAGUUCCCACUGAAGGACGGUCCCCGGCUGCAGGCCUGGCUGCAGCACAUGGGCCGUGAGCACUGGGUGCCCACCUGCCACCAGCACUUGUGCAGCGACCACUUCACGCCAUCCUGCUUCCAGUGGCGUUGGGGCGUGCGCUAUCUGCGGCCAGAUGCAGUGCCCUCCAUCUUUUCCCGGGCGCCACCUGCCAAGAGCCAGCGGAGUAACCGAAGCACUGAGAAGCCGCUAGUGCCUCUGCCUGCUCCUCGGCAGGAGGCCACACCCCUGACCCAGGGCCCCAGCAUCCCGGCCUCUGGCCCAGUGCACCUAGUGGUGCUGGGGCCCGCACCCGGGGGCCUUGAGGCUGCAGCCACUGUGCUCCUGACUCCCCUGCCCCUUCCAUCGGCUCUUGUGGGGCCGCAGCCCGGACUUUCUGCCCAGCACACCUGGGCUGGGCUGGGCGCGGCACUGGGAGCAUUGCAGCGGCGGGUGCGGAGGCUGCAGCGGCGCCAGGAGCGGCACCAGGCGCAGCUGCGGGCUCUGGAGCAGCUGGCGCAGCAGCUGAGCAGGGAAAGCCUGCUAGCGCGGGCAUGCCGGGGCCUGCAGCGCCUGCUCCCUGGACCUGAGGAAUCUCAAACGUUCACCAUCAUCUGUGAAGGGUUUGACAUGGCUGUGGUCCUUGCCCAAGGUCCAGCAUCUCCGACAUUGGAUGCCAAGUCUGAGUUCAUGGGCACUCAGACCCCCAGUGCAUGAGGAUCAGGACAGACUAUGUCAUAGAACAGAAGAUAGAAGAUGGAGGAAGAGAGACUCAUCACACAUGGACUUGGCCCAGCCCCACCACCCAUGCCUAGGAAGUAGCAGUGCCUCCCUGAAGGACCUGGGUUUGCCGCACCCCCCCGCCCGGGAACCCUUGAAUUUAAGGGUGACCAGGGCCCAAGUCCCCCAUCAACCCCCAUUCCCCUAGGUACCAGGCCCAUGCCACCUCUAGUUCAAGUCUUUGCGGUCAGUAAAACACCUCAGAGCAGAACAAGGGUUGCUUUGUUUGGGGAGCAUUGUACCUGGUUCUAAAGAGCCCUCAUGCCCUUUGCCAAGCCUGGUGCCAAGUUGGGGAAACAGCAGUGAACAGAGCUGAGAAAUACCCUGCCCUCAUGGUGCUCACAUUCUGUUUGACUAGAAGUUGAACUAGUGAACUAAUAAACAAGAUAAUUUCA